AUGGUUGACGUUGAUGCCGAAGCAAGCUCCGAUACUCACGGCAAAGAAGGUACAGACAAGGAAGCCUCCAUGCCAGCUGUUUCCCGAUCUUCCUCUGAAGAAUCCUAUGACCCUGAAUCGCAGCCCGUCUCCAUUCCUGAACCCAAGCAUACUGGACCACCCCUGACACGUCCAGAUGGGCCCUCCGGAGGAGGCAACGGUCUAGACGAGACCAAAGUCUGUGGCAUAUGCGGAAGUGCCAAGCAUUAUACCCAUAACUGCGAUAAUGAGGAUGCAAAGCUUGAUGCUCAUGGGAACUGCUUCCGCUGUGGUAAAGCUGGCCACACCAAAAAUGCCUGCCGGGCCGAGCGCUGUCUUGAAUGCGGCCAAUGCGGACAUACAGCCGUAAGUUGCACAGCCCCGAGGUCUCUUUCCAAGUUCCAAAAGGCCCGUGUUGAACGAGACGAAUACAAUCUUCAACAACGUCAACAAGCAUUCGCGGAGCGGCAGCGAGAACGUCAGCUGGGGGGGCAUGACCGGAAGGUUCCUACUGUUCAAGCCACAACUUCGAACAACCCCAAGAAGAAUGUUGACGAAUCCGCGAAACGCAAACGCGGUGACUCCGCGUCCGAGGCGCCACAAGCACAGCGCCCUCGGACGGCGUCAUCUAACGCCCCAAACAAUGCCUCGAAGGGACCAAGGGGUCACACUGGUCUUUCUGGCCAUCCUGGUCUAUCUGCGCCUCCGCGUGGUAAGCCUCGCGGUCCAGGCAACACAAGAGUUGCAAGCCACCCUGGUCUCUCUGGGCCCCCAAUCAAUGCUCCCAAGGGCCCGAAAGGUGGUUCAUCCAAAAAUAAUGCCCCUCCCAGCGCCCCGAAUGGUCCCCCAGAAGGUCUCAUCAAACCUUCUCGCGAUGGACCGGCUUAUCCCAUUGAUGGCAACUCGCCGAAGAUCCCGACGGGACCCAAAGCAAAUGCUCCUAACCAAGGUCCUUCCAAGCCUCGACCACCGAUGCGCACAAAGAAACCGUCCGACCCAUUUAUUCGCCCUAAGAAACGCCAGUGA